CCAAACCAGCCCAGCCUUUGAACUUCACCGCUUUUGGCUCGUAUUCACGCUCUUCCGCUCAUUUCCAAGCCAGGUGCUUGACGACAAACCUCAGAGAGAGAGAGCGCGCGCGUGUGUGGCAGAAAAAAAACACCUAAUACUUUUACGACUCCAGCAAACUGACUGCGGAACAUCGCUUUCACCUUUGUGGAUUUUUUUUUACGUGUGUGCGUCUCGCAUGUGUUUUUUCCCGUAUUGCCUGGCGCAGGUCUGACAGAGUUGUUACUGGACUUAAACGAAGGCGCAGCAGUGUUUAAACUCGGGGAAAACGCACCGGGCGCUGGAUUUUUCUUUUCUUUUCUUUUGCUUUUGUUUUCCAGAAUCUGAAGAUCCCAGGCGGGGCAUGACUGGUAUCGGGCAUCUAGACAGGUGAAUAGUUUGCCUUCUUUCCGAUCAGAACUUUUCCUCGUCAUUAAAAUUGGGGAUAAAAGUAUAGUCUUAAGAUGUCAAAGCCUGCUGAUCAUAUCAAGAGACCCAUGAACGCGUUCAUGGUUUGGUCCCGGGGCCAGAGGAGGAAAAUGGCACAGGAUAAUCCCAAAAUGCACAACUCGGAGAUCAGCAAAAGACUGGGCGCUGAGUGGAAGCUGCUGUCAGAGUCUGAGAAGAGACCUUACAUCGAUGAGGCCAAGAGGCUGCGGGCUCAGCACAUGAAGGAGCACCCCGACUACAAGUACAGACCCAGGCGCAAACCCAAAAACCUGCUCAAGAAGGACCGGUACGUUUUUCCGCUGCCUUACCUCGGGGACACCGAUCAUUUGAAGGGACUUCCCGUGUCGGCCGCGGACUCUCUUUUGGGCUCUUCAGAGAAAGCCAGAGCGUUUCUGCCGCCGACAUCCGCCCCAUACUCCUUCCUCGACCCGAGUCAGUUCAGCUCCAGCGCCAUCCAGAAGAUGACCGAGAUGCCCCACACGUUGAGCACCAGCACUUUGCCGUACGCAUCCUCACUGGGAUACCAAAACGGCGCGUUCGGCACCCUUGGGUGCCCCAGUCAGCACACCCACACCCACCCGUCGCCCACAAACCCGGGCUAUGUCGUCCCGUGUAACUGCACAGCCUGGUCAGCGUCAAGUUUACAGCCCCCGGUGGCCUACAUACUUUUUCCAGGUAUGACCAAGACUGGGAUAGACCCAUAUUCAUCCGCACAUGCCACUGCCAUGUAACCCUCAAGACUCAUUUGCUCUUUUUAAUUCACUUGAAUACUGAAAUGCAUGUAAAUAUAUUAUGGACAGCGCGCCCUAUUAAAAAGGCAUGAACAGUGUUAACUGCCUUGGACUUGUUAUGGCACAAAAAAGAGGAAAAAACAAACUUUUGCAGAAAUCCACCAAGUUCCUGCCUGAGCAAAGGAGCUGGAGUUUGGUGUAAAGGACGGAGCCCUGUGAACUGUAAGAAAUGUAAAUGUUAUAACGUUUAUGGCAACCAGAAAAGGAGGCCUUUAACUUUAUUUAUUGUGUACAUUUCAAUGCUGAUAUGCUGAUUUGUGUUGAUUAUUGAUAGGCUUCACUUUUAUUUUGAAAAAUUGGCUUGCACAAUUAGCGUUCAUAUUUCCUGUAUCAGCCUAAGGAGUCCACAUUUUGGCAAUUUUAUGACGAUGUUCUGGACAUAGGGUCAAAAUCAGGACAUGUAGGCUGGAUUACAUACGGGUUAUAUUGUUAUAUUUAUCACAAAAAAAGAGGAAAGAAAAAAGAAAACUGGCACAUAAAACUAUACGGUCUAUUUAAGAAGACACAAAUGAGGAAAAAAAAAUCAUUUACAUCCAGAUGUUUCAUUUUGCAUUUUUACCUGUGGUUCAGUGCUAAUAUAGUCACACGCGUCAUUUUAGUUUGUUUUUUGUUUUUUAAGGAUAACUUCUAUUUGAAUUCAAGGAGUUCUAUGUGUAUUUUCUAUCUAAGAUGGUAAUUUAAAACCUGUCAUGUUAUGGAAAGGAUAAUGUAUCUAGAAGGUUGAUACCUCCUGCUCUUUGUUCAAGUGCCGAGCAAAGACAUUUUCAAUAAAGACAAUCUGUCUUCAACCAGAUCAAUUUCCUGUAUUUGUAGGUUAUUGAGACC